CAAGUUUAUUAGAAAGUUUAAUCAUAUAGAUUUUUAAACACGUUUAUUGACAAUAUGUUUUAACGAGUUUAAAUGUGUUUUCUUAAUAAAAAAUAUAAUAAACGCUUUUCGUGAGAUUGUUAAAGAGGUCAUAGUCGACAUUUUCUAAUAGCAGGCGGACAAAAUUUCGAUGGAUUCGAUCCAAAACUUAUUGUUUUAUGUAUGAUUUGAUGCAACUCAACGCGGUGAUUCUGAAUAUGACCUUUUUGUUUUUAAAAACGUUCGUGGAUUAAGAAAAAUAAAUUUCAGCUAAAAAAAACUAGGAUUUAUUGGAAACCCUAUGAUGAGAGCUAGGAAAAGAGUUGCAUCAAACUACAUGCACUAGAGAUAUGUUGUAUAUAGACAAACAUUUUGGCAAACUUUGAAGCUCCAGAAAAUUUUCGGAAACUCUUUACACGUCGACGGAAAAUUAGUGAGCUAUGUCGUUUUUGUUCUGGACCUGGUUGACUUCAAUGAAAAAUUUAUUUCAUCACAUCUCAAUGUAUUUUUAGACUAAUUUUUACCUAAAUAUUUUCUCAUGAUUCUUAGAAGUUAGAACAAAAAUUCUUUUGGAAAUAUAUGUGCAAUAUCUUGAAGUAUAUUUUUCUAUACUUAGAUCACAGAAAAGAGCUCUUUAGUUUUAUUUUCCUAAACGCCCGGAUGCUCACUGUAGGAGCAGAUUCUGAGCUCCAUUAUUAAGCUUUAAAAACUAUUUAAUCAAAAUUUCUUCCUCAACUUCUUAUGAUUAUUUUUCUCAUACUUGACAUGCUCGUCGAAAGCAGCAACAUUCCAAAGACCCGCUAAUUUGAUAUUCUGCUACUGAUUGAAAUUUCAUUUUUUGUAGUGCGAAAGCUAUAAGGCGAGGAGUUUGAUAGCGAAUAUCUUUAGUAUUUAGAAGUUUGGGGUUUUUCAGCGUUGAGUGAUUGUGAAAUUUUUAACUUACACUAUCUCCGAGUAAAGUUACACAGUUGAGGUUUUACAAUUGAGUUGCAAUUAUUUAAACUCUGAUGAAUUUAGACCAUACAAUAUAACGAAAUCAAACGAAGGACUCAGUGGCCGUCAUACACCAACGCGAUCAUCAAAUUUCUUAAAACAUGAUGAACUAGAACGUGCGUCAAGUCCAUUAACUAAACGAAGAUCAAACCAAUCGCUAAAAAAUUCUAAGAUCGGCUCUAAACAACAUGUGUGGGACAGUAAUCACGAAAAACGUGUAAAUACCUUCAAACAAAAGCGAGCUGCCAAAGUAAUUCAGCGUGGAUGGCGUGAUUACGAUUCGAAAAGGAAACGUCAUGUUAAUGAUCCAUUUUUGGACAAUAAGAAACGAAACGACGGGUUGAAUAAGUGGGAUGAUAGAAUUCGUGCUCAAACGAAAGGUGGUUUUGGCAAUGAUUCUCCACGAACAAGUCAACAGAGUAUAAGAGGUUCAAAAUUCAAAGAGAACGAGGUGGGAAGCAAACUUCAUGCAUCGAGCAGUGGUUUUGAUAAUGCAGUGAAAACUGUUCAAGCAGUGUUACGUGGUCAUUUACAUCGAUCACAAUUAACCAAUGAUCAGAAUAAUCGUCCCAGAACUCCUACAUUUGAUAAAGGACGUAAAAUAGUUAACAGUGAUGAUGAUGAUAUUGUUGUUGGAUCAAAUCGUCAACAAACUUUCAACAAUCGUCCUUCAUAUCAGUUGGGAAGCGAAAGAAAAGAUUUUACGAGCUCUCGGCUACAAUCACCGCCAUCACGCACAAGUGCAAUUGGACAGAGAGAACGUGAUCAAUCUCCUCUCUCAAUUUCAAAACAACACUUGUAUGGAAGUCGUACAAAUCAGGCACCUCUUUCGAGUUCUAAACAAAGUUUAGGUGACACAGCUCGAUUUAAUCAAGGCGGUCGUCUGGAAACAACUGGUAGUCGUGAUUCAUCCCUUCGGAUGCGUCAAACUCCUUCACCACCGUUUCCUUUAUCUUCGAAACCAAUUUCUCCUCAAACAUCUAGGCCAAAUUCACCAGGUCGAUAUCGAAGUCCAUUAUCAACAACAUUACAAAAAAGUCCAACACUAUCUAAAUAUUCUCAUAAUGAUGAUGAUGAUGUUGCAUUUUAA